AUGCGGCAAUGCAAGUUGGGACUGCGGUUGGAGCCAAAGUCGUGUGGUACAUUCGGCAGGAGGAAGGACGACGCAAUGUUGGCGUUAUCAAGCACUGUUCCUACUGCACAUGCAGCUCUUCUUAUGUCAAUACCUGAGUUGGCCAUCAGUAAAUGGUCGCAUCCGCAUGUGCAGAGUGGCAAACCGCACAAAACUUUCACACGUUCGAAUUCUUUGAAAAGCAAGUUCGUUCCACCUAAGCCCAGCCUACCGUCAUCUCUUUCUCUGCCUGGCGUACAAAAAUGGAAAACGGAGCCACCAUUACACUUCUCUGCUCCAGCAUCUGAUAAGGAAGCGCCACGAGACAGAAAUGUUUGCAGCUCCUAUAAAUCUUUUCUUGCUGAACAAAAUACUAGGACCAUAUAUUUUUCUCCGCCGUCACCUGCUGAAAAAAAGGCUCCUCCGGAACCGCCGGUGGACUACCAUAACCAACUGAAUUCCGAAGAAAGUGCCCCACCAGCUGCAAAUGCAAGCAAAGGCACAUUUCCAUUUGCGUCGCAAAAUGUUCAAGAUGGUGUUAAGUUUAGUACUUCGGAGGAGUUGUGCACGACGACAUUUGCGGUCCGGAAGCAUCCCCACCGACAAACGGUAACGAAGAAGACGCGUACAUACACUGUAAAUGGCAUGCAGGUUACAUCAACAACGAUGCAUGUGCUUGGUGCGAAGGAAGACAUGCAGUUGAGGAAGCAACAACUUCAAGAUUUGCGUCGCCUCCAGCGUGAGGAGGCGCGACAAAGGCAAGAAUUGCAGGUCGAAGGUGUUAAUUCAGUGGAACAGCAAGAGCGAAAAUUCCAGCAGGAAAGAGCGGUUCUUACGCGGCAGUAUGAAAUUGAUAUGGAAACCUUAGAAAGAAGGCAGAAACGCGAGAUUGAGGAAGCUGAAAAAGUACAGGAAGAUGAACUGAAGCAAGCUCAGAAACGUAUAAAAUACGAGCAGGAGAAAGAUUUGCGUGCGUUCAAGGAGCGUCUCAAGAAAGAAAUGAAAAUAAUGAGGCAGGAAUUGGAUAUGCUACCUCGUCAUCAAAGGAAAGAUGCUCUCAGAAUGAAGAAAGAUCAGAUGGAAUAUGAAAAUCAUGCAAAGGAGGCUGAUUUCUUUGUGCAGCUGCAAAAAAAUGCCGAAAGUACACUAGCUAGGUUAACGCAAAAGCACAAGAAAAUGGCUACUCUUGAACGUCAGUUCUUGUUGCAAAAACAUCUCUUGUUGAGAGCUAAGGAGAAUAGUAACUGGGAAUUGGAGGAGAAACAAAUGGGGGAAAAGUAUGCAUUACACCGAAAGCUAUUCAAGGAUGAGUACUUUCUGCUACGGACACAAAUGCUAGCUAGACAUCAAAAAGAGUUGGCACAAGUUCAGAAAUUCAACCAGGAGGAAGAAGCUGAGCUUGUUCGCGCACUUGCUUUGGAUCGGAAAAAACUUCCAAAAAUGUUACGAAACGAAGCCAAAACUCGAAGCCAUAUGUUCAAGGAGAGUCUUCGCAUUAGCAUGCAAACAAUGACAGCUGCCGAAAUGAGCGAAAAGGUGAGGGGCUUCGAUGAACAGGAGAUCAUGCGAAUUAAAAAAGCUCUUGAAGAACACGAUUUGAAAAGCGCUAGGAAGAUUGCUCAGCUGAAGGAAAGACAUCAGUCUGCUAUGAGCGAACUUGAUGAAAUGCAAAACGAGAAGAGAAAGCAGCUCUUGGAAAAGGAACGCAUUACAAUGCAAGAACACGAAAAGAAAUACUACAGCAUGAGGGAACAGUGGCAAGCAGAUUUAGCCCCGCGAAAAUUGGUGUUGGAAAGCAGAUUCCAAGAUGAAAUGGAGACGCAAGAACGUUUCUACGGGAUUUCUCUCAGUGGAGAUAUAGCUUCGACGCCACUUUUGCCUGAUUCCAUCCGCUGA